AGUCACCGCUGCUGUCUCUGCCCCACUGAGAAGAUGACUGUGGGGAAGCGUGCGGGAGCCUCGGGCGGCGCUCGGAGCCUUCAGGUAUUUCCCCCCAAAUCCUCCUCAGACACAGAGGCAGAAGAGGAGCUGUCUGGGGAUGGGCUGUUUUUGCCUAGGGCUGGCAAACUUGAUGAGUUCCUCAGCCUGGAGGAGACAGAUUCUACUUCUGCUGACUCAACUGGGAGCUUUUAUGAGACCCUGCAAGCACUGACGCAGAAAGCCAGGUGGUGCCUGUCAGAAUCCCUUCAUCAGUCUGACCCAGACAGUGAUGAGAGCCUCUCUGAAGAUGCUGAGGACCUGGAGAGUUUCUUCCAGAACAAAGGCAGGGGGAAGCCGCAGGUCCAGUACCCACCAUCGCCAAGGAGUGGCUACACAAGGCGCUGCAGCUCCCUGAGCAACCUACCCUCCGACAUUCCCAAGGUUCAGUCCCAGCCACCCACAGGCUCCCGGCCUCCUUCCCAGCACAGAAGUCUCAGCUCCUGGGCAUCCUCCAUCACUGUUCCUCAGCCGUUCCGGAUGACGGUGCGUGAGGCCCAGAAAAAGGCCCAGUGGCUGGCCUCACCUGCCUCCUUCGAGCUGGAGAGGCAGCAGGCCCAGAGGCAGGGCCAGGAGGAGGCCGAGUGCCACCGGCAGUUCCGAGCACAGCCCGUGCCUGCGCAUGUCUACCUGCCCCUCUACCAGGAAAUCAUGGCGCGCAAUGAGGCCCGAAGGCAGGCCGGGAUCCAGAAGAGGAAAGAACUGCUCCUCUCGUCUUUCAAACCCUUCAGCUUCCUGGAGAAGGAGGAGCAACGGAAGGAAGCCGCUCAACGGAGGGAACUGGCCGCCAGUGCUAAGGCCAAGGCCUCCAAGCAGACUGCCGCUAGAAGGAUCCCCAAGUCCAUUCUGGAGCCAGCUCUCGGGGACAAACUCCAGGAAGCUGAGCUCUUCAGGAAAAUUCGCAUCCAAAUGAGAGCCAUGGACAUGCUCAAGAUGGCCUCCUCCCCCGUCAUCUCCUCCAGUUCCAGGGCUGACCCACAGCUCCGCACAGCCACCCGAACCUGGCAGGAAAAGCUUGGGUUUCUGCAGACUGACUUUGGAUUCCAGCCUCGGGUGAAUCCUGCUGUCCCUGACUAUGAGGGCCUUUACAAGGCCUUCCAGAGAAGAGCUGCAAAGAGAAGGGACACCCGAGAGGGGACUCGCAGCAAGCCCUUCUUGCUGAGAACCGCCAGCCUGUGUCACACUCGGCGGCCCUGUGAUGCUGCUGCCACUGGAGGGAGGAAGGACUCUCCACAGCCACCUGCUGCUCCCCGGCCAAGGAGUCAUUCUCUGAGUGGCCUUGCUUCCCUCUCUGCCAACACCCUACCUGUGCACAUCACAGAUGCCACCAGGAAGAGGGAAUCUGCAGUCAGAAGUUCACUUGAAAAAAAGAACAAAGCACAUGAGAGUACUCAGUGGUUGGAGAUGCAUAAAAAGAAGUGUCAAGCAAUGUCCAAAUCCGUGACCUUGCGUGCAAAAGCCAUGGAUCCCCACAAAAGCCUGGAGGAGGUAUUCAAAGCAAAGUUGAAAGAAAACCGGAACAAUGACCAUAAAAGAGCAAAAGAGUAUAAGAAAGAAUUGGAAGAAAUGAAAAAGAGAAUACAAAUGAGGCCGUAUCUCUUCGAACAAGUUACAAAGGACCUUGCCAGGAAAGAAGCAGAACAAAGGUAUCAAGACACCCUGAAGCAGGCCGGGCUGGAUGAAGACUUUGUGAGGAACAAGGUCCAGGGCACCAGGGCUGCACAGUGGAAGGCGCAGUUAGACGUGCAUGAUCGUCCCAGCACCCAUGAAACUACAAAACUCGGCAUCAGAAAUCCACAGCAGGAUUUAGAAGAACCUCUAGAGCAGCCUACCAGCCCCAAGAAAGAGCAGGAGGAGCCGUCUUAUGAACUGCUAGAUAAUCUCGAAUCACCUGCCUAACCAG